AUGCCUUCCUUUCUCCCUCUCAAGCGCAAGUCGGAUGCGGAUACUAGUGCACCAAACAAGCGUCUGGAAGCAAAUUCGUCAGAACCAGACCAGUAUUGGGCAGUUCAAUGGCGGAACUACCAAGCCCGAAAACACAAAACAUGGGAUGGCGAUGGUGUUCUUGUUGUCAGUGGCUUCACAAGUAGACUGCACGACUCGGAUGGCAAAGUUAUAGCCAGUGGGAAACGUGAUGUACUGCCUUAUCACGUUGGUCGUAACCUCAAUGUUGGAGGCAAGGACUUGGAACUAGAUCGACCAUUGACCUCUGCUGAAUACCUGUCCGGGGAAUGUUUCGGCAAGGCGUCUUUUGACGUUGCACCUUCCUCUUCUUCCAUUGCGGCCAAAUCUACAGCAAACAAGCCCUUUGUUUCGCUUAAGCAAUCAAGAGCGGUCCCACUCCAACCUGUCAACUUAUUAUCGACUUCCAAUCGACAGCAAACAACAGGUGCAACCAGCGCAGUAGCUGGCUCUACGUCUUACUGGACCGCUAAUUGGCGUGCACCACACCAGAAGACAUGGGCAGGGGACUGCUUUGUCUCUAACAUUGACGGCAAAAUGUCUAUGCUGACGGAAGAGGGCAAGAUCCUUGGAACAACGCUGUGGAAAGGCGACACACUUUCUGCGGGUUACAAACUGUAUAUUGGGGGAAAGGAGAUUCAGCUUGACUGUCAAGUACCACCCGAAGACGUUCCUAGCCUUGUUGCCGGUCCCGAUAAGACCGUCGCCGCACCAGAUACUAGUAGCGUGCAGCUAGCCGUGGCAUCUCCGACAUCUAAACCCAAACCAUUUGUCGCUCCGGCCUCUUUCUACGGGGCAUCGAAGCCCAAACCUAUCAAACCUCUGCACGAUCCAAAUGUUGAAGGUGCUGUCGUCAUGAAGACUCCGUCGAAAGAACAUAUUAAACGGUUCAACAAAAAGAAUCUCCCUGUCAUCGAUGUGGUGUUGGAUCCAAUUCUUGCCUCCCGCAUGCGACCACACCAAAUUGAAGGUGAUCUGCUCUCCAAACGAGAUAUUCAACUUGUCCCAUGUCUGGGUUGCAUUCUCGCGGAUGAAAUGGGUUUAGGCAAAACACUCCAAACUAUUAGCCUGAUAUGGACCCUGUUGAAACAAAAUCCAUACGCAGGGGCCGGGCCCGUGGUCGGCAAAGCUCUUAUCGUUUGUCCUGUUACACUCAUCAACAAUUGGAAGGCAGAAUUUAUUAAAUGGCUGGGUCGCGACCGGUUAGGUAAAGCCAUCGCUCUGCUCUGUCGACUGCUGCUCACUCCUUCAGGCGUUGUUACCGUUACUGAAAAGGACAAAAAUUCUGUCCGCACCUUUCUUAAUGCCAAAAAUCAACACGUACUAAUUGUGGGAUAUGAACGUCUGCGAACUGUAAUCGAACAACUGACAUAUUGCAUGCCUCCCAUUGGUCUCAUUGUGUGCGAUGAAGGCCACCGACUCAAAUCUGCCAGUAGCAAAACAACGACCAUGUUCGAGGCAUUGAAAACGACACGGAGAAUUCUACUCUCUGGAACGCCGAUCCAAAACGAUCUAGGCGAGUUUCAUGCCAUGGCCGACUUUUGUAAUCCAGGUCUACUUGACGAUUAUCAAACGUUCAAGCGCGUGUAUGAGAACCCCAUCUUGAAGGGGCGUUCUCCAGACAGCUCGACCAAGGAGCGGGAGUUGGGAGAGGCGCGCCUCGCAAAACUGAACAGCGUGACAACGAGUUUCGUCCUUCGUCGAGAAGCAUCUCUGUUAAUGAAGUAUCUUCCACCCAAGCACGAAUACGUGGUGUUUAUCAAACCAACGCCGCUCCAACUGCAGAUCUUCUCCAAGAUAUUGAAUCCGAGCAGACUUGAGGACCUUGUUCAGAGCUCUACCGCCGAAUCCCUUGCUCUCAUUGGUUUGCUCACCAAAGUCAGCAACAGCCCGGUCCUCCUCAAAGCCGUUGCUGAAAAGAACAAAUCCGUCAAACAUGCUGGUGUUCGUGAUGCACUUCAAUUAUUGCCUCAAGAUGUUGAGAUUGAAGACAUGUCCUUGAGUGGAAAACUCAUCGCACUUUCCAAACUGCUCAAGUCCAUAUAUCAGGCUUUUUGUCAGAAGAAACGAUAUUCUUUCUACCGCGUUGACGGGCAAACGCCCACAUCGAAGCGACAAGAAUACGUCAAUUUGUUCAAUAAAUCCAGCCAAAGAAGCGCUUUCAUCUUUCUUUUGAGCUCUAAAGCUGGUGGCGUUGGCAUUAACCUAAUAGGUGGAUCUCGACUGUGUCUUAUCGAUUCGGACUGGAAUCCAAGUCAUGAUGAGCAGUCCAUGGCCCGCUGUCAUCGAGAUGGUCAAAAGCGGCCAGUUCAUAUAUAUCGUUUCUUGACAUCGGGUCAGCAGAACCACUUUCCUCUUGACACUAGCACUAACUUUAAGCAAGGUGCAAUCGACGAGAAGAUUUUCCAGCGCCAAGUGACCAAACAGGGUCUUCGAGAAUCAUUGAUUGGAACGGCAUCUACCACAUCUUCAAGUGAUUCCUUCAGCCGCAAAGAUCUCCGCGACAUCUUCCGCAUUCAUCCAGAUACUGUCUGUAACACCCACGACCUCCUUUCUUGCAGGUGCGAUGGUCGCGAAGACUCAGAUGUUGAUGAAGUUACUCUCGAUACGAUCGAAGCAAGCGAGUCAGACAGCGACCAGGACUCUGAUGUAGAAAAGCCAACCACUCAAGGCUUCAUGUCAGCCUCUCAAGUGCGACCGUCAGAUCUCGUCGACAUGGACAAAUCGUACUUGCGGAAGAAGCAACAACAACUCCAAUCUCUCAGCCACUGGAAGCAUAUCAACUGCUUGCUUCCCAGUGCCCAAGACGAAAUCCAAGACGAGCUAUUGCGAACCCUUGUCUUCAUUCCUGAGCAGAAAGUACCAGAGAGACAACCUCAAUCGAAGCUGUUGGCAGCCCUCGACGCAGCUAUGGCGCAGACAGUUACAGUCGGGGAGCUACCUGGAGACACGUUCAUGGCGUCUUUGGCGCAACGAUUGCGGGAAGGGACGCAAGCGGUGGUUGGGUCUGUUACCACUCACCGCAUCCUUGUUUACUCUCUCUUCUCCUUUCUCGCCGUUUCAACCGCCAUCACAAAUGCUCUUCGAAACUACAGCAACUUCUAUUCUGUCGCCAUCUACCUUUCCAAGAGCAGUCGAAGUGUACUUAUCUUAGCCAACUUUGGUUUUUUGGUCGCGUUACUGGCUGGUCAUCUUGUCCAGAAAGUCUUUUUCGGCGCUCUGCGACCAAGUGAGAUUGAGCGACUUUAUGACCGUCUAUGGUUUUUUAUCACCGAGUCGUUGCUGGCGUUCACCAUAUUUCGCGACGAAUUUGACAUCACCUUCGUUGUCAUGUUUGGAUUCCUACUCUUCGUCAAAUCCUUCCAUUGGAUAGCGGGCGACAGAAUCGAAUGGAUGGAUCAAAGGCCGUAUCCGGGCCCUCCAUUACUUUUCCAUGCUCGCAUGGUCACGCUUUUCUUCGUCCUGUGGUCAAUUGAUGUUGUGCUUUUCAUGAUUGCUGUGGAAAGUACUGUCACGAAUGGCAUCGGAGGCAUGUACGGAAUACUCAUGGCUACCGUGACGAAUACUGUGGCGAAAUACAUCCUUUCUGCUUACGAGCUCCGUCGAGCUGGUCAAAGAGGUGGAGAAAAUGCACCACCAUGGGAGAACAAGAGCAUGUGGGUUUUCUAUAUUGAACUGGCAACCGACUUCCUCAAACUUUCGACCUACAUGAUAUUCUUCACUAUUAUCAUGACUUACUACGGCAUUCCACUCAAUAUUCUCCGCGACGUCUAUGUAACGGGUCGUUCGCUCAUCACUCGGCUACGCUCUCUUCAUCGCUACCAGACCGCGACGAGAAACAUGGACCAACGGUAUCCAAAUGCGACGGAAGAGGACAUGACAACGAUGAACGACCAUACCUGCAUAAUCUGCAGGGAGGAGAUGGUACUUCCUCGGCAAGAAGAGGAUGCACCCCCACCUCCUUCUCAAGAAGGGCCCAAUACAACACCCAAAAAGCUGCCUUGUGGCCAUAUCUUCCACUUCAAUUGUCUUCGCUCGUGGCUUGAACGUCAGCAGAGCUGUCCUACCUGUCGUCGCAAUGUGCUCGAAACUACAACAAGACCGCAGCAGGGACCAGCACCCCCUUUGCCUGAUGUCAACCGCGCAGGACCAGCAGACGCCAAUGCCAAUGCCAACAACGCUGCAUUAAUGGAUAGAUUCUUUGCUCCUCCUCAAAAUAAUCAGGGUGAGCAAGGGCCAGUACCAUUUCCCCCUAAUGCGCAAAAUCCACCUGCGCCUGGCGGCCUGCUUGUACAAUAUCGUAUCCAGUAUCAAGCGCCGCGGCCACCAAACCAGCCCCUCCAACCCAUCCCGCCUUUUGCUGGUUUUGAUGGCCCCGCUGGCGCAUGGCAUCCAUGGCCUGAACAGGAUCAACCCGUUGUCGAACCUCCAGUCGAAGGUCCAGUCGAGAAUCCAAAUAUCAACCCACAGCCUGAAUCAACUCCCCGAGAAGCAGCUGCCCUAGCAGCCUUGCGUCGUCUAAAUCGAGGGGGACCUUCUACAACCGAACCACAGCCUCGACAAGAGAACCGGUUCCAACUUCCUUCACUCAUCCCGAUGCACAACAAUUCUCCAAGUCAUCAUCAUCAGCUACCUCCAGCGCUGACGAAUGAACAAUUAGCUAUCCUAGACAGUCUGACACGGGAAGCUAUUGACGAGCGACUGAGAGUCUUAGAAGGCGUUUCUGGGGCAGUAAAUCGUUGUAUCGACGAUCUGAUGCGCAUGAGAAGUGUUUUGCCUCUGCAAAUACCACCGGCUGCUGGCGAAGCAGAGGAAGCACCCGAAGAGUAG